UUUUACCAAAUGAAGCAUGAUACCAAAAAAGAGGAGAAUCAUCUUAAAUGGGUUAAUUUCUUCAUGCAUGAACAUUUUAACAGUAACACAAUUGGAAACUCCAUAUGCGUUGGUAAACCCUAUAUAUAUUCAAAGAAAUGAGAGGUUUCAAUUUAGUCGUUUACUUAAAAUAUGAUGUCAAUAUCAACAUCUUCAAGAUAUGAAUUUAUUUACCAAAUUCUUUACUUAAUUAGGAUUCGGUUUUCUAUAUUAAUGGAACAUAAUUAUGGAAUCAUCUUUAUGCGCAUGCCAUCGUCUAUAAAUUAGCUAUUAACUACAUAUAUUCUGCUACAAAAACCGUUUAUAUAUGAGAUGAGCCUAAAGAGUGGUUUGUGCAACAACUGAGAAAUAUAGAUUAUAGACUCUGUGUUUUCGCCACCGCCGAGUUACUCUUACCUCUCUCAGAUCGCUGACAUGAAGAUUACGGAUGCUGCGGGAAAGAUCGAGACUUUGGUCGAUUCAUUGAGGGAUAUGUCCCCGACCCGUGUCAGAUCUUCCUCCUCUGAUGAACAUGUAUCCGAGAACGAUGACGAGAGAAGCUCCUGGAUUGCACGUCAUCCGUCCGCAUUAGAUAUGUUCGACAAAAUCAUGACUGAUGCAGAAGGCAAACAAAUUAUUAUGUUUCUUGACUACGAUGGAACUCUCUCACUAAUCACUGAAGAUCACGACAAAGCUUACAUAACCGACGAGAUGCGAGAAGUUGUAAAGGAAGUGGCUACGUAUUUCAAGACUGCGAUCAUCAGCGGACGAAGUACUGACAAAGUACAGAGUUUUGUGAAACUCACUGGAAUUCACUACGCCGGUAGCCACGGCAUGGACAUUAAGGGUCCGACAAAUACCGAUCAGAGUAACCAAGGAGAAGUGAUGUUUCAACCUGCAAGUGACUAUUUACCGAUGAUUGACGAGGUGGUUAACGUUUUAAAGGAAAAGACAAAAUUUAUCCCUGGAGCUACGGUCGAGCACAACAAGUUUUGUCUAACAGUACAUUUUCGUCGCGUUGAUGAAACGGGAUGGGCUGCACUAGCCGAGCAAGUGAGAUUGGUUCUCAUUGAUUAUCCCAAAUUGAGACUGACACAAGGCAGAAAGGUGUUAGAACUCCGACCUUCCAUCAAAUGGGACAAGGGAAAGGCUCUUGAAUUUUUGCUAAAGUCAUUAGGGAUAGCUGAAUCUAAAGAUGUUUUACCGGUGUACAUUGGAGAUGACCGUACUGAUGAAGAUGCAUUUAAGGUUUUAUGUGAAAGGGGACAAGGUUUUGGGAUUGUCGUCUCAAAAACUCUUAAGGAAACCUACGCCUCCUACUCUCUUCAAGACCCAUCUCAGGUAUACAUUAUUUCAGGAAAAUUUUAAAAUAAGAUGUAUUAGUGCAAAUGUGCUAUAUAAUAUUUAUAAUCACUGACUCACUGACUAAUUACUGCAAUAUUGUUAUAAUGUGAGAUGCAGGUUAAAGAAUUUCUGGAGCGUUUGGUAAAGUGGAAGAAACAAACACUUGGAGAAGAAGAAGAAGUGAUUCAUACGAUAGAUUGAGUUUCGUGUUACCCGCCCUGAAAUAUAUGGGACUCUUAGCAAAAUAAAAGUGGUGACUUUAAUUUUUAGAUUUUUAAACUAUUGUUUCAAUAAUAAUACCGAAAAUGUUAAAUUUUCAUUACACAGUGUUGUAAGAUAUUUAAAUGAAUUUCUUCUUCUAUAUUAUUUUUCUAGAAGGCUUGCUAAAAUAA